ACCAUAGAAACCGCUUGGCGGGGCUGAGAAGCCACGCGGCGCGUGUGUCGCUGCAGCUGCCGUAUAAAAACACCGGGAACCCAGCAGCGCGCUAUGACUGGUGCUGAUAGUAACAAGCGUGCGAAGAUGGCUUCGUCUCUCGACCAGUUGAAGGAGAUCACCACCGUAGUCGCCGAUACGGGGGACUUCGAAGUGAUGAAGCAGUACAAGCCAACAGAUGCCACAACAAAUCCAUCUCUAAUCCUGGCCGCCUCCAAGCUUCCCCAGUAUGCCCACCUGGUGGACGAUGCUGUCAAGUACGGCAAGAGCCACGGAAAAACUCUGGGUGAACAGGUGACCAAUGCCAUGGACAAGCUGGUCGUCCUCUUUGGCACCGAGAUUCUCAAGAUCAUUCCCGGCAGAGUAUCGACGGAGGUCGACGCCAGGCUGUCGUUCAACACUGAGGCUUCCAUCGCCAAGGCCUUGCAACUCAUUGCCCUGUACAAAGAGCAUGGCAUCGACAAGAAGCGCAUUCUCAUCAAGCUGGCCUCCACCUGGGAAGGAAUUCAGGCAGCCAAAGUUCUAGAGUCUCAACAUGGCAUCCACUGCAACAUGACCUUGCUGUUCAACUUCACCCAGGCGGUGGCGUGUGCAGACGCAGGUGUCACGCUGAUCUCUCCGUUCGUGGGACGCAUCCUGGACUGGCAUGUGGCAAACACCAACCAGAAGAGCUUUGAGCCCCUGGAGGACCCCGGUGUGAAGAGUGUGACGCGCAUCUACGAGUAUUACAAGCGGUACGGCUAUGCGACCGUGGUCAUGGGUGCCUCGUUCCGCAACGUGGGACAGGUGCGCGCCCUCGCCGGCUGCGACCUUCUCACCAUCAGCCCUGCCCUGCUGUCGGAGCUAGCCAACUCGACAGAGCCCAUUGUCCACCACCUGUCCGAAGCUAAGGCCAAGAAGUUGGACUUGAAGAAGGUUGAAGUAGACGAGCCAACCUUCCGCUGGGAGCUCAAUGAAGACCAAAUGGCUACUGACAAGCUGUCUGAUGGCAUUCGGAAAUUUGCUGCAGACGCCGUCAAACUCGAGAACAUUCUCAUUGAGAAACUCAAGUAAUAGUGGUGCAUCUCUUGAAAGCCUUGGCAAGCUGGACAACAUCCCGCAACUGUCAUCAGCGAUUUACUUCAUUUGCCAUUCAUGGGCCCCCUCCCGCCCAAUGUUUGUGCACUGGAGUGCCCUUGCCGUGUUGUGCUGGGAGCGAAUUCCAAGAAACAAUAUUUUUAAUGUGGCGUUUUAAAUACAGAAAGUUUUGCUACGAAAGGUUGAAGCAGAUUUUUGCAAUAUAAUACGGUGCAACAUUUUCAUUUGUAGAGAAUAAAAUUAUUUUUUUGUUAGACAAA